GUAGUUUCAAAGUUCAUAGAAUCCUAUUUGCUGCACAAGCUUCCUUUGGAGAAGUAUGGACUAAAACCGGACCACCCUUUUGUCGAGGACUACGCGUCUUGCCAAAUGGCUAUCAUGCCGGAGAACUUCUUCUCUGAGGCUGACAAGGGGAAGAUUGUGUUCAAGAGAUCAUCAAAAUGGUGGUUCUGGGAAAAAGGAAUCGAGUUCGACGACAAAGAAAAGAUCGAAGCUGAUGUUGUCGUCCUCGCCACUGGUUAUGAUGGUAAGAAAAAGCUCAAAGCCAUCAUGCCAGAGCCCUUUCGCAGUUUGUUGGAGUAUCCAUCUGGUCUCAUGCCGCUAUACAGGGGUACUAUCCAUCCUUUGAUCCCAAACAUGGGAUUUGUGGGCUAUGUUGAGAGUGUGGCGAACCUACAUUCGUCUGAAUUGCGUUCGAUAUGGCUGGCACGGCUAGUGGACGACAAAUUCAAGCUUCCGGGUGUGACGGAAAUGCUCGAGAGAACACUGAAGGAGAUGGAAGUCAUGAAGAGAACCACCAGGUUCUACAAGAGGCACUGCAUUUCAACUUAUAGUAUCAACCACAGUGAUGAAAUAUGUGAGGAAAUGGGAUGGACUUCUUGGAGGAAGAAGAGCUGGUUUUCAGAGGCAUUUAGCCCCUAUGGUAGUCGAGACUAUCUGAACUAG